UGCUCUGAGCAAUUAUUCUCAGUCGAACCAUGAAGUGGUCAACGGGUGUUUCUGUGCUUAUCCUGCUCGUGGUUGCUUCCACCACAGCAUACUCGGUUAACAAGCAACACUUAAAUACCCCACCAGAGAGUCGUAUUAUUGGUGGUGAAGUAUCCAGUCCAGGACAGUUUCCCUACCAAGCAGCCCUCAGGAUCAACGUCACAGAUCGUCCCGGCUUUUCAACAUGCGGUGGAACAUUGAUUGCCGUAGAUUACACUAUGACCGCUGCUCAUUGUGUGCUCAUCACCGGCGCUAGUCAUAUUGAGGUUCACUUGGGAGCUUAUGAUAUCUAUAACCUCGAAGAGGAGGGCCGUAUAUCUGUCAUCGUACCUAAAGAGAACUUCAUUCCUCACAAAGGAUAUGACUCGAGAUCACUUGUCAAUGAUAUAGCUUUGCUCAAAUUUAACGAGAAAGUCACUUUGACCGACAAAAUUCAAACUCUACCUCUGCCGACCCGCUCGGACGCCAACAUAAAUUUCGAAGGAAAAAUAGUGGUUUCUUCGGGCUGGGGCCGUUAUUCUGACGAUGAACAAGUAAUCUCUCCUGUCAUGAAGUACAUGAACGUCAUCGUUGAAAGUCAAAGAAUCUGUCAGCACUUCUAUGCCAAUUAUGAAGUGGUCACAGCCUCGAAUAUCUGCACCUACACUGGCCUUCGAGAUGGCGUGUGCAACGGAGAUUCCGGUGGUCCCUUGAGAUACACCGACGAGAAUGGUCGUCAGAUAGUUAUAGGGGUAACAUCAUUCGUUAGCGAUAUUGGGUGCGUGGUUUCUGGAUGGCCCUCAGUAUUCACACGAGUUACAUCCUUUUUAGAUUGGAUAGAAGAAAACAGUAAUAUUGUAAUUAAACCAUAAAUAUAUCUAUAACUGGCAUUUAUACAAACAUUUCAUAUUCAAUAAAUACAAAAGCUAGAAACAUCGUA